CUCGAGAAAGCUCUCCAUUCCUGGACGCCGGACUCGAAAUGUUUUCUUCUUUGAACUCGCCGACGACACCGUCGACCGGCAGUUUCUCUCAACACCUGCACUCGGGCUAUUUCAUGCAAACCCUCAGGUGCUGGCAGCAGAGCAACACAGAAUUGCAUCCCGAGAACCUGAUGUGGCCUCUGUUUGUCACCGACUCCCCCGAUGGCAUAGAAACCGUGCCGAGCAUGCCAGGCGUCUACCGUUACGGCGUUAACAAGAUCGCUGACGCCAUCAGGCCGGUCUAUGAAUUGGGCUUGAAGUCUGUUCUCCUGUUUGGAGUUAUUUCGGAAGGAAAAGAUCUCGAAGCUUCGGUUAGCUCGGACCCUGAUCGCAAUCCCGUACACGGGGCCAUUCGUGUAAUCAGAUCAUCAUUUCCCGACCUGGUUGUGACAUGCGAUGUUUGUCUGUGUGCCUAUACGUCGCACGGUCAUUGCGGAAUUCUCAACCAGCAAGGAAUCAUCGAUAUGGAAAAAAGUGACCAGAGACUUGCGCAAAUGGCUCUGAGCUUCGCCAGAGCGGGGGCCCACGUGGUGGCCCCGAGCGACAUGAUGGACGGCCGGAUCCUGGCAAUAAAAGAUGCCUUAUUUAAGGCCCACCUCGGGAAUACGGUUUCUGUUCUCUCGUAUUCCGCCAAAUUCGCCUCCUGCUUCUACGGACCUUUCCGAGACGCGGCGAAAAGCGCACCCUGUAUGGGAGACCGCAAAUGCUAUCAGCUACCACCUGGUGCCAACGGGCUCGCGAUGCGAGCCGUGCAAAGAGAUAUUGAACAGGGUGCCGAUAUGAUAAUGGUGAAACCAGGAAUGCCUUAUCUGGACCUCAUUCGUCAGCUGAAGGACAAGUUCCCCAACUACCCGAUGUUUGCUUAUCAAGUUUCCGGCGAGUUCGCUAUGCUGUACCACGCUGCGCGGAACGGUGCGCUCGAUCUCCGGAGUUCUGUGCUUGAAAGUAUGACGAGCUUCCGAAGAGCGGGAACCGACGUCAUCAUCACCUACUUCACCCCUGAGAUCCUGAAGUGGCUUAAAGAGUCUGAAUAGCUGAAGGCUCCGCCGUCAUUGACUGUAACGCCUGUAGAACGAUGGGAAAGCUAGAUUGUGCGACUCGACCGACGAGACUUUCGGGAGACGCUGCACCCGGCCGGGAGUGUAGACAUCGCAUCGCGCCGUGUGCAUUAACGAUUUUUACACCAAACAUUUAGGCCGUAAUUUUCCACGUCGCAUGAAUGUGAAAUCGAUCCGUGGCAUUGUGAGGAGGAACCUAUUGCAGAUGGCUUAUGGUUUAGGAAUUCGUGUGAUGGAUCGUCUGACGAUUGACUAUUUGAGUGAAUGUAUUAGAGUGAUCUUUAUAGGACAUUGGAUUCGGAGAUCCGGACUACGCCUGCGAU